AUGACGACGCGAAGGGAGCCCGCGGGGCUGUCCAAGCGGCUCAAGGACGAGGCACUGACCAUGGAGGCCACGCUGAGCGAGUUGCGCACGCAGAUGGCCGCGGAGCGCGCAAAGCGGGAGCAGGCCCGGAUGAAGGCUAAGCAGCAGGGCAGCAUCUGGCGCACCGGACAGACCGGCGCACUGCGCGGGUCGUCCGUGAAAAACAUCGUUCGGGACGGCUCCGGCCGCUCGCGCCCGACCAAGUCCAACUCGAUGGCCUCGCACGCGAAGAACCGCGCGCCCUCCGCGACCGCGCCCUCCCCGCCGCCGGGCGUCGUCUCCGGCCGCACCGUCACGCCUCCAGUCGGGCUCAACCAAGACGCCUCCGCCACCACCCGAGCGCCCCCCGCGGACGAGUCCGCGUGGGAAAUGCCGUCCUUCAUGCAGGGCCCGCCCGUGGCCACCGGGAUCGGCGUCGCGGGCGCGCAGACGGGCCUCAGCGACGCGUCCCCGCCGCGCGCGGCCCACGCCGGCGGUGCGCAGGCGCAACAGCGGCGGUUCGCGGUUCCCUGCGGCGCGGCAGCGCGGCGGCGGACGCGGCGCGCGGCCCAGCGGUCGCGGAGCUCGUGCUCGACCCUCCGCGGCCCGCGGAUCGCGCCUGCGCCGGGCGGAGCGAUGGGCGCGAGCCGCCGGCGCCGGCGGUGGGGAUGUUUCAACCGUCGGCGAAGGGGCCCGGGGCGGGGCAAGGCGGGCGGCGCGGCGGCGGGCGAGGCCGCGGAGGUGCCGCUGACGCACGCGCGCUCGCGGCGAAGCGCGAGCAGGAGGGUCCGGAAAGACCCCAUGCUCAUGGCGACUUCUACCGGGAGGUGUUGGAGGUCGUACGACGGGGGCGCGGCCGGGCCCGGGGGGGCGCUGCUGGACGGGGAGUUCGACGAGGAGGCGAACGCGCGGGAGUUUCAGGCCGCGCUGGCGGCGUGGAGGGACGGCGGGGACGGCGGCGGCAGCCGGGCGUCCGCGAGGGCGCGCACGCCGCCGCGGACGCCGCCGAAGCUGCGCGGGCCGUCGCUGCUGGACGGGGAGUUCGACGAGGAGGCGAACGCGCGGGAGUUCCGCGCUGCGCUGGCGGCGUGGCGCGGCGAGGGCGACGCGGUGCCGGGGGGGGCGGCGGCCGACAUCCAGACGGAGGGCUCGCAGCCGCUGCGGCCGCUCGCGAAGCCGGCGGCGGCGGAGGCGCCGAGCAGCUACUUCGAGCGCAUUCAGUCGAACAUGAUGGCGCGCACGGCGGGGCGGGCCGCGGCGCGGAUGACGACGUGCGCGGCGCCGGUGGUGGCGGCGGUGAUGGCGAGCGCGCGGGCGUCGGAGGCGGGCGAGGGCGAGCGCGGCGAGGCGGCGGAGGAGGCGCAGGAUCGCGCCGCGGAGGCGGUGCGCGAGUGGGACGGCGCUGAGAGUGAGGCGGGGGUGCAGGAUGGGUCGGCGCGGGCGGCGGCGGGGCCGCGAGCGGUCCCGGACGACGACAGCGACGACGACGCGCCGCCGCCGAUGCCGCGGGAGCUGCCGCCGGCCCCGGACGGCAACGUCGCGGAGGGGGUGUCUGCGCCUGACGCUACACACCCCCCCGAGGCCCCGCCUGAGGCCGGGCCGCCCCCCGAGGCCGCCACGCCAGCACCGCGCAGCGAUCCCGAGGGCCACGGCGGGUACGACCUCCUCGCGAUGCUCCGGGAGGGAGCGGCGGGCGACGACGCGCAACCCAUCUCAGCAUCGCUGCCGCCGCCGCCGGCGCCGCGCGCUGGAGCCAGCGCGGAGCCCGCGCCUCGCGCCCGCGCGCCGACGCCCCGCCGCCCCGCGACCGCGCCGCCGGCACUCCCAGCGGCGGCUCCGGCGCGCGCCCCGCCGUUGGAGAGGCCCCCCGGAGCACCACGGGGGCGUCUCCGCGGACGUCGCGGCCGCGGCCAGAGUCCCCGCCCGCGGUGUCCCUCCCCGCGUGGCCCGCGAAGCCCGGCCCGGCGCCCAGCAGGGGCACCAUGGCGUCGUCGCUCCUGA